AUGAAGACCUCGCAGAUCGUUCUCACCUCGCUCUCCGUGCUCGGCGUCGCGGGCAUCGGAUACGCCGUCUACUUUGACCACCGCCGUCGCACCGACGCGACAUUCCGCAAGAACCUGCGCAAGGAGAGCAAGCGCACCUCCAAGGCCGAAAAGAAGGCAGCCGCAAAGCGCACCCAGCAGGAGGACGGCUUCAUCGAGGAGCUCUUACAGGAGGUGCGUGCUCCCGGCGCCUUCCCUUCCGGCGUCGAGGAGCGCGAGCAGUACUUCCUCAAGUAUGUCUCGCUCGGCGAGCAGCUCUUCGCCAUGGGCACCGACAAGUACCUCGACGCCGCAGCUGCCUUCUUCAAGGCGCUCAAGGUGUACCCGCAGCCCGUCGAGCUCAUCAUGAUCUACCAGAAGGCCGUGCCCAAGGAGGUCUUUGACACCAUCAUGCGCAUCGUCAGCAAGGAGAUCGCAACGGGCGGCGCCGCAGAGGGCAUGUCGGCUGAGAACCUCGACGAGGUCGAUGACGAUGGCCCGUCGCAGCUUGAAGCAUCCAAGGACGAGGAUGACGAGGAUGACGACGAGGAGGCUGAAGCCAAGGUCGAUGCCGCCGCGACGGAAGACAAGGAUGCUUCCGCCGGCGCCGCUUCGGCAACUCCCGCGGCGGCGUCCGCCCCUCGCCAGGGCACUGACAGCGGCACCACCUCGAGCCAGGAGUGGGACACCCUUUCGGCCACCAGCCUCAACGAGACCGGCGUCAUGGUCACGCCCAACGCGCCCGCCUCCGCUGCUUCCGAGAGCCCCGACACAAAGGAGGCCGCACCGAAGCCGUCGGCCGACGAGCUCAAGCCGCCCAGCAUCGACACCUCCGCCUCCGUCACCCAGUCCAGCACCCAGCAGCCCACCACACCAUCCAAGCAGAACUUCACCUCGGGAUGGAGCCCCGCCCCUGUCUUUGGUGCCUCCAGCCCGCGCGCCGAGAAGAAGGCGUCCGUGGAGGCCGGCUCGGACGACGAGACCCAGGACAAGUCCGAGUAG